AACAUUUUUGGAUUGAAAUAGAAACUUUCGAUAAUUUUAUAGCAAUAGCAACAACAAAUUCCAGUUUAGAAAUAUCGACCAAUGCAAAGUUGGCAAUAGAAACCGCUACAGGAAAUAUAUAGAUUCAGCUGACUUUCAAUAAAACAUGGCCAAUCCAACAAACAAUCGCAGCUCUGAUAUUGAAGCCUUGGCUUUACAGGGCUAUAAACUAGGCCACAAAAUUGGCGAAGGAUCCUAUGCCACUGUGAUCACGGCCAGUUAUCAGGACGAAGCCGGUAAAAAUGCAGAUUUGGCCUGCAAAGUAAUUGACAAGGCCAAGGCGCCAACAGAUUUUGUGAACAAGUUCUUUCCACGCGAGCUCGAUAUUUUGACAAAGCUCGAUCAUCCGAAUAUCAUACAGAUUCACAGCAUUCUGCAGCGUGGUCUCAAGAUUUUCAUCUUUAUGCGCUAUGCCGAGAAAGGUGACUUGUUGUCGCACAUCAAAAAGACCGGAUUCAUUAAGGAACAACAGUGCAAGAUCUGGUUCUUUCAGAUGGCCAACGCCUUGAAGUAUUUGCACAACCAUGACAUUGCCCAUCGUGAUUUGAAAUGCGAGAAUAUUCUGCUAUCGGAGCACUUUAAUGUUAAAUUGGCUGACUUUGGAUUCGCCUGCUUCUGCAGCAACGAGGGUGGCAACAAGCUGGCAUCGCAGACAUAUUGCGGUUCAGCUGCUUAUGCCGCUCCAGAAGUUGUGAGUGGAAUACCCUACGAUGCACAGUUGGCCGAUGCCUGGUCCUUGGGUGUCAUUUUGUUUAUAAUGCUGAACGGCAAGAUGCCAUUCGAUGAUAGCAAUUUGAGCAAACUUCUCGAUGAUCAGCGCUGCAUGAAAUUCGCCUUUCGCCGUAAGCUCCAUGAUGUUAUUUCUCCUCAGGCAAAGGCCACAGUGGCCGUGCUCCUUGAUCCUAAUGCAGCCACUCGCUGGGAUAUGCAUGAGAUUCUCAACUGCAAUUGGGUGGCCGUGGAAAAGAAUCGAAAUGUUUGUGUCAAAUGAAAUUAAAUCAAAAAUUAAAUGAACUUGGAGUCUGCAUCGUAACAAUGUUGAUAAUCAAGCAGAAUUGUCAAAGCUCAGGGUAAUAUCUAUACUUAACUCUGAACGCGAUGACAAUCAAGUUUGUGAAUUGGAAUCCAAGAAUCAGUAAAAGCAAUUGAAUGGAUUAUCAAAUCGAUUUACGAAAUAAAACGUAAACUUCCAUUAGACUUGGAUUUUGGUCACAUAUAUUAAAUACAAUUUUGGAAAAAAAAUAAUGUUAUAAAAAUUUUAAAUAUGUUCUUAACUGUGUGAAAUUAGUUUACUAGCAAUAUUCAAUAAACCACAAUCUAAAUUAAA